CUAGCCUUUAUCAUCCUCCUCUCUUUUCCUUUCCUUCUUCUCUUUUCCUUCCGCUUACCACCUCCUUCCCCUACCUAUACUUUCCUCCUCCCCCCCUCUUCUUACAUUCUCUCGACCGGUUCGAUCCUAGAAAAGACUGGAUUCUUUCUUUCUUUCUCCUGUUCUUUCCUUCCCUUCAUUCAUUCCUUCCUUUAGGGCUAUCCUACUUCGCAUUGCACUUUUAUAAUUAUAAUACUUUUCGAUCCUUCCUUGCUUCCCCCUCAUCCCAUCCCAUCCCAUCCCAUCCCAUUCCUUUCCAGGCAUAAUAAAUCCCCACGGCCGGACCGUCAUACAUCUUUGAACGAUCAAACCAACCAAGAACCGGUUUUAAAGAAAGAAAGAAAAUUCUCAUCUAAACAAUAAAGGAAGGAAGGAAGGAAGGAGAUAAUAACAAUAAAAUCGCGACAGCUUGACUGCUCAAUUCGCCAUGUUCAUUUCCAAAAAGUUACGUCUAGCAUACAUCGCAGAGUGGCUGUCCAUCGUUUCGGUUUCGGCUGUUCCAGUGGAGCACUCGCCGGUGGUAGAGGAGGCAGACGGCAACAUGGUUGUGAUAUUAGGGAAGAGGGAAGAGAAUUCCGAGUCGCUGAAGAGGGCUAUUGGUGAGGCGGUUGGGCUGCAUCAUGAUAUUAUGGCUCGCCAUGACAGGAAUGAGGAUAGCGAUGGGGAUUCAAAGACGGAGGGGGGGGAUUUGGUCCACUCCGCGGAUAGUUCCGAUAAAUCUUUGCCCGGUGGACGUGAUAACGCCACCCUCAAUUCGUCGCAGAGCUCUUAUACCGUUGCUAAAAAAUUGGUGAUAGCUGGGGGAGCAACCGCUGCGUUAAUACUCAUAGUAACAAUCGCCUUCUGGCUAUACAAGACCAAGGGCAGAAUAUUCCGAAGAGCCAACUCUGGGCACUGGAAACACUAUGGUGCACACAGACUCCGGGACACGGUGUACGACGAGAAAUCCUCAGUAUACCCGAAAAGCGCAAUCUUCGGCGGUGGCAGUAGUGCACGACCAGGUAUGGAGCGCGAGUACUCCAUUCCCGGAAUGCCCUUUCCGCCACCAGCAGCACUAGCACCGCCGGACACCUCCGUGGGGCGCCGCCAAUCCCGCAAACACCUCCUAAUCCGCACCUCUCUCCUCCUCCCGGAAGGGCGACCAGUCUGUUCGCCAUCCCCAGCCAACGAAAAAGGAACCUUCUAUGACGGAGCCUCUGAUGUGGACUCCUCCUCCUCCCUAGAACAAGAGGAACUACCCAUCCCACCGCCAGUCUACACCACAGACCGCCUCCUCCUGAGUCCCUCACAAUCCUCCUCUAUCUCAAACGUCGAAUCUCGGAAACCCCCCACCACCCCCACCAACAAUCGACAACCAUCAUACGCGCAAAUAUACCCCCCGCCACCAAUCCCCGAAUCCAACACCACCCCGCGCAACGCGCCAAUAAUGGUCUCGCGCUUCUCCUGGACAACAACAACCACAUCGGAAGCCCCCAGCGGUGCAAAAAGCGUUCGCUCCUCCCUCGACAGCGAGCCAAGAUUCCGCGGCGUGAAUUCCUGGGUGAGUCAUCAAGCCGGAAGACUUGAGCGGGGUGAAAGAGUGGCGCAGUUACAGCUCGAACAGCAGCACGGGGCACGGAACAGCAGCUCCCCGGAAACACCCAGGGAGUUUAGUCAUAAUCCUGGCGCUCCCGUGGGCUUUCUGGCGCAUCGGGCGCGGGUGGAGUCGGCGGAGUUGGAUGGGCGGCUGUCUAGAGGGGGAGGUAGGUAGGCCGUGCUUUGUAGAGGGUUGGGUUGGUUGUAAUCGUAGAGUACUGUACUGUAUGUAGGUAUUGGUAUUUGUGUGUGCGAAAGGGGGGGGGUUAAUAUCGUCUUCUUUUCCCGUUUUGCCUCUGGU